AUGGAGGAAACACAAACAAACAGAGAUGGAGGUUUUUCUUCAGGAUGCAGAAGCCCAAUCCAGAAAGAGAGAUCAGACUCACCAGAACCCAGCUGUGUGUCCAUGAUGAGUGACUGGUCAAUGGCUAAGCCACCAGAACUCAAAGAUGAAGGCUUCCCCUCUGAUGUUAGAGUCCAGCUGGAGGAACCAGACAGAGAAACUGAACAGAUGAGCUGUACAACAGAACAGAGAAUCACCAUCACAGACAAACACAGUGAAUCUCGAGUUCAUGAUGUCCACAACAUCCUUAAGUCAAAUCUGCAGAAGAAGUUUGAGUGUUUAUGUGAGGGAACAGCAAAGCAGGGAAACCCUGCACGACUGAAUGAGAUAUACACAGAGCUCUACAUAACAGAGGGUGAAAGUGGAGAGAUCAGUAAUGAACAUGAGGUGAGACAGAUUGAGGCAGCAUCCAGGAGUGCAGCAACAGAGGACACACCAAUAAAAUGCAAUGAAAUAUUUAAACCUUUACCUGGACAAGACAAAGCUAUCAGAACUGUGCUGACAAAGGGAGUUGCUGGCAUUGGAAAAACAGUCUCUGUGCAAAAGUUCAUUCUGGACUGGGCUGAAGGGAAAGGAAAUCAGGACAUCCACCUCGUAUUUCCUCUUCCUUUCAGAGAACUCAAUUUGAUGAAGGACAAAAAACUUAGUCUUUCAGAUCUUUUGCAUGUGUUUUUCACUGAAACUAAACAAAUGAAAAUUUCCAGUGAUGAAUGUAAAGUUUUCUUCAUUUUUGAUGGUCUGGAUGAGUGUCGAAUGUCACUGGAUUUUCAGAGCAAUGUGAGAUUGUGUGAUGUAAGUGAAUCAGCCUCAGUGGAUGUGCUGCUGGCAAACCUUAUCAAGGGUAAUCUGCUUCCCUCUGCUCUCAUCUGGAUCACCUCCAGACCAGCAGCAGCUGAUCUCAUCCCUUCUAAGUGUGUUGAUCGAAUGACAGAGGUACGAGGAUUCAGUGAGCCACAAAAGGAGGAAUACUUCAGGAAGAGAAUCAGUGAUCAGAGUCUGGCCAAUAGAAUCAUCACACACCUGAAGUCAUCAAGGAGUCUCUACAUCAUGUGCACCAUACCAGUGUUCUGCUGGAUUUCAGCCACUGUCCUAGAGAGAAUGAUGGGUGAAGCAGAUAGUGGAGAGAUCCCCAAGACACUGACUCAAAUGUACACACACUUCCUGAUUAUUCAGACAAACAUCAAACAUGAGAAGGAUUAUGAGAAGAAAGAGACAGAUGAAGACAUGAUUUUCAAACUUGGGAAACUGGCUUUUCAGCAGCUUCUGAAAGGCAAUCUGAUCUUCUACGAGGAAGACCUGAGAGAGUGUGGCAUCGAUGUGACAGAAGCAUCAGUGUACUCAGGAUUGUGCACUCAGAUCUUCAGAGAGGAGUUUGGGCUGUACCAGGGGAAAGUGUACUGCUUUGUUCAUCUGAGCAUUCAGGAACAUCUAGCAGCUCUAUAUGUGCGUCUUUCCUUUACAAACAAUAGCGUGUUUCCCAAGAAAACCAAAUCAAAUCUGUUUGCUAAUGUUUUAAACUUGAUAAAACAUCAUUCAUCAAAACAUCUUUCAUUAUUUGAGUUGCAUCAGAGAGCUGUGGAUGAAGCUUUACAGAGUAAGAAUGGACAUCUGGACCUCUUCCUUCGUUUUCUUCUGGGUCUCUCAUUGGAGUCUAAUCAGACUCUUUUACAAGAUUUAAUGGCACUGACAGAAAUCAGCUCCCACAACAAUGAGAAAACAGUUCAGUACAUAAAACAGAAGAUCAGGAAGAAUAGCUCUCCAGAGAAAUCCAUCAAUCUGUUUCACUGUCUGAAUGAACUGGGUGAUCAUUCACUAAUGCAGGAGAUCCAACAUUACCUGAAAUCUGGAAUAAUAAAAGAAACCAAGCUCUCCUCAUCACAGUGGUCAGCUUUAGUUUUUGUGUUGUUAACCUCUGAGCAGAAGAUGGAUAAGUUUAAACUGAAUGAAUUUGUUGGAGGAGGAAAUAAAGCAGAUGAAGUUCUUCUGAAGCUGCUGCCUGUGAUCAACAAAUCCAGAUCAGUUCAGUUGAGGUAUUGUGGUGUCUCAGAUGAAGGUUGUGCUGCUCUGGCUUCAGCUCUGAGAUCAAACCCCUCGCACCUGAGACAACUGGAUUUGUCUGGGAAUAAACUAGGAGACUCGGGAGUGAAGCUGCUCUCUUCUGGACUGGAGAAUCCUCAAUGUAAACUGGAGAUACUGUGUUUGUGGAAUUGUAAUGUCACAGAUGAAGGUUGUGCUGCUCUGGCUUCAGCCCUGAGAUCAAACCCCUCACACCUGAGAAAACUGGAUCUGUCUGUAAAUAAAUUAGGAGACUCAGGAGUGAAGCUACUCUCUGCUGGACUGAAGAAUCCUUACUGUAAACUGGAGAUACUGUGGCUGAGGGAUUGUGGUGUCACAGAUGAAGGAUGUGCUGCUCUGACUUCAGCUCUGAGAUCAAACCCCUCACACCUGAGACAACUGGAUCUUUCUGAGAACAAACAAGGAGACUCAGGAGUGAAGCUGCUCUCUGCUCUACAGAAUGACCCACAGUAUAAACUUGACUGUUUGGUAUGACUGACAAAUUCUCUUAUGAGCAGCUGAUGGUAAAUAAGGAGCCACUACAGAGACUCACAGUCAACAGAAUCAAAAGAUAGUGAAGACACAGUGACAUCUCAGUGACAACAUAUUUUAAUAUUGCAAAUCCAAUCAGAUUUCCAGAUUUCCUCUGAUAGAUCUGAUAGUAAAACUGUUCAAUGUUUUCAUUCCCCAAAAGCAAAAUUACAGUUUUUCUUAAUUACUAUUAAUUGCUACUUAAUUAAUUGAUUACUUAAUUACUAAGCAAUGUCAUCACAAGCCUGGUCCAAUGCUUGUAGAAGGUUUUCUCACUGGAAGGGAUUUAUAACAUAUACUUCCCACCGCAAUACAGAGAACUUCUCUAUGGGGUUGAGGAAUGGGGAAUAUGGUGGGAGAAAAACAUUUGAAUGUGGUAUUGGCAGUGAAAUGCUGAUGCACCACAGCAGGGAAGUGGAAACUGACAUUGUCCCAGAUUACAAUGUAAUCUAGAGGCUGUAUCUGUUCUUGCUGAAAAAAAAAAGAAGAAAACACAGAUCAUCAAGAAAUUUCAGCAGACAUGCUGCAUUGUAUGGACUCAAGAUAGCAUAGCCGCCUUUUACCACUGGGCUGAACAGUUCACAUCGCAAAACCGUAUCAUUCCAUGCCGAUCCAGGCCAGCUGGUGCGGUUAUGGUUUCUUGUUCCACUGUGGUACAUAACAGAUCCGUCUUUUGGUGAAAGCAUGAGAGGUAAACAUUGGAGUGAGUGCGGCGCACUAUGGAGGAUGUUCGCAUAUUCCAGUUUUUAGGACUGCUUUUUCCAUGGUUUUACUCUGCUAACAAACAGCAAAGACAUGGACCAUGUCGCAAAAGGGAAAGGAAAUAAAAAAAGGUACGAGGUUUUCCAUCAUUUGCUGAGGGCUUGUGUUUGCCACCAGACACGAACAUGCAGAAAGGUAAACAUUCCCAGACUAGCUACAAAGGAUAUUUAUUGACAAAAUAAUAUUGUAAAUUGAAAAUUGUAUAUGAGAAUAUAUCAAUGUAUUUUGAGUUUAAAUGAGCUAGUAAUCUUCUUCCCUGAUGAAAAAGACAUGUAGAAUAAUAAAUGUAGGCUACAAUACUAGUUAAACCAUCAAAAUAAGAUCUUGAAGAUACACUGAAUGAGUCGCCACAUGCUAAAGCCAUUCUACCAGCAUGGUUGAGAAUGGUUGAGGAAGGUUAGCUAACCAUGCAGAGAAUUCCAGGCUGAGAACGGUUUAUAAUCAUGCCGUGCUGAACCUUGUGUGCUCCAGUGGAAAUGCUAGUGUAACUGCUCCAUACCAUGCUCAGAACCGUUCGGCCCGAUGGUGAAAAAGCGGUUAUUGUGACAUUGCCGCCAUGCUGACCAGGAACAUCCACCAUGGCCCAGUGGCCAAUAAUGUUCUGCCCACUUCUCCUCUGUUUGGUGAGAUUAAAUUCAGCCUCAUCAACCAAUAUGAGCUCAUGUGGAGUGUCUUGUGUAUCAAUUUCAAACAUUCUCAACAAAAGAAUAUGUGCAUGCAAAUGAAAAUAUACUGUAAUAGAAAUAUACUGCAAAUAAAAAAUACUGUAGUAAAAGGCUUUCACAUAGUCUGUUCAAAUAUACUGCUGAAGGAGUGUACAUACUUGCACAUACACAGGUCUUUGGCCUGUUGGGAAUUCCUUUCAAAAGGAACAGAGUACACUU